UUUGUUGAGAAAGUUAUCUCCUGGCUGAAAUGCUCGACCUGGACAUCUACACUCGUUGGGUACUAAUUAGCACGGCCACAUUUCUGCUUUCGUGGAUGCUUUUAUUUCGCCGAUUGUUUGGGAGAAGCCGGCCUCCAGGUACCCGGCUACCUCCCUCAGUUCCUGGCGCCUCUAUCACUGGACACCACGAGAUGCACAAAUAUGACUUUUUCUGCACUGCGGCCAUGAAGUGGGCGAGGCAAUAUGGGCCUGUCUACAGAUUAAGGCAGAACUUUGCAAGCAUCGUGAUUCUCAACGAUUUUGAUAGCAUCAAAAAGUUCUAUUCGAGAAAGGAGUUUCUCAACCGUUCCCGGUUCUGGGUCAUGAAAUCCGAUCGGUACGAAGGGCUCGCCACUAUGAAUGGGACAAUAUGGAACCUCAACCGAAGAUUCUGCUUGCAUGCACUCCGUGAUUUCGGCAUGGGCAAGUCCUACGCAAUGGAGGAUAUAGUGGAGGAGUUCCAAUGUGCCUGCAAUGAGAUCGCUAAGACAAAAGGGGAACCCAUUGCAUUUUACGACUAUAUCAUGCCUUGCGCGUCCAACAACAUAUCGGCCAUUGUGUACGGCCGCCGCUUUUCGUACGACCAUCCAGCACGAGCCGAAAUCAACAGGCUAAUCAACGAUAUGCUUGCUGCCAUAAGUUUCGGCCGCAUUUACCAGCACAACCCACUCUUCGUCGCAGCAAUCACGAAAAGAAUUCCUGGCACACACGUCAACCUCGUUCGUCAAAAGGUGGAUGACUUGGCUCUCUACGCAUAUGAGAAAAUAAAGGAACACAAAACUUCAGCAGAUAAUCAUGUCAACCGGGAUUUUGUAGACGCAUACCUGAAGAAAGUCCAAGACAGAGAUGAUGACUCUAAAGAUCAUUUUACAGUGGAAACCCUAGUCGGCAUGGUGACCAGCUUCCUCCUUGCUGGCACUGCAAGCACCGCCGGCACCAUACAUUGGCACAUGGUGAAGAACGCUAUGGAACCGGACACAUUACAAGCCAGGAUACAACGCGAAAUUGACGAGGUGAUCGGUCGAGAGCGGCCACCGAAGUGGGAGGAUCGACUGCACAUGCCCUUCACCAUGGCCAGCGUCUGGGAGAUGGACCGCUGGAAAACAAGCACACCACUAGGCGUACCGAGAGAAGCCUCUGAAGACACCAUUGUGGAUGACUUCUUCAUUCCUAAAGGCACCGUAAUUAUGGCGAACUUCUGGGCAGCACAUUUUGACGUCAAUUUCUGGAAGGACCCGGAGAAGUUUGACCCUACUCGUUUCUUGAACGAUGACGGAACACUAAUGACGCGCAAGCCUGAAUGUCUUCUUCCAUUUUCUUUCGGAAAACGCACCUGCCCCGGUGAGAUUUUGGCCACCGUCGAAAUCUUCCUGGCUGUGACAUCACUGCUUCAGAGAUUUCGUGUUCUUCCAGCUGGCAAGCUGCCUUUCGACAUCAACAGCCCUUCCAUAUUGGCUGGUCACGUGCAACGACUGAAAUUGCGGUUUAUUGACCGGAACCAAGGCCUGUGAACCUUGCAGCUGACGAGGUUCUAUCGCGAUAGUUAUUCAUGCAAGGCUUUCAUGUUUUGUGGAAUGCCAUGAACAAGAAAAGAAUGAGGUGAAGAAGAAUGAAAAUGAGAAGCGACAUGCACUAAAGAGCGGUUUUGCUUGCGUAUACUCUUUACUUUGUACUAAUGGCAAGUAAAUUAUUAACUCUUCUUAGCGGAUAAUAAUUACCUAGUUUAACCUAUACGCACGUUUACGUGUAAUGUUUUACAAGAAUAAGUUGUCUCCUAUACAAA